GAGGCAGGGACGAGGUCUGUGCUCAAGGCAGGCGGGCUCAGACCCAAGAGCCACACCGCGGGGCGGCAGGGGCUUGCUCUGCUCUUUGGCCUCCGGAAGGCUAAUUAAUGAGGUGACCCACAGGAGGCUGGGCAGACCGGCCUCUCCAACUGCCGGAUUACCGGGCCACACGCGGUGGGCAGAAGAGUCCUGUCUGCCGACCAUGGAGCGCUGCGUGAGAGUCAAGUCUUGGGUAGAAAAGAAUCGGGCCUCUUUCCAGCCCCCGGUUUGCAACAAGCUUAUGCACCAGGAGCAGCUCAAAAUCAUGUUCGUUGGAGGCCCCAACAUCAGGAAGGAUUAUCACAUCGAGGAGGGCGAGGAGGUGUUUUACCAGCUGGAGGGAGACAUGGUUCUCCGAGUCCUGGAGCAAGGGAAACACCGGGAUGUGGUCAUUCGGCAGGGAGAGAUAUUCCUCUUGCCUGCCAGGGUGCCCCAUUCUCCACAGAGGUUUGCCAACACCAUGGGGCUGGUGAUUGAGAGGAGACGGCUGGAGAGCGAGCUGGAUGGGCUGAGGUACUAUGUAGGGGACACUGCCAGUGUCCUCUUCGAGAAAUGGUUCUACUGCAAGGACCUUGGAACACAGUUGGCCCCCAUCAUCCAAGAGUUCUUCCGCUCUGAGCAGUACCGGACAGGAAAGCCUGACCCUGACCAGCUGCUCAAGGAGCCUCCGUUCCCGUUGAGUACGCGGUCCAUCAUGGAGCCCAUGUCACUAAAGACAUGGCUGGAUGGCCACUCCAGGGAGCUGCAGGCAGGCACAUCCCUCAGCCUGUUUGGGGACACCUAUGAGACCCAGGUCAUUGCCCACGGACAAGGUAGCAGCAAAGGCCCAAGGCAGGAUGUGGACGUGUGGCUGUGGCAGCUGGAGGGCUCCUCCGUGGUGACAAUGGGAGGUCAGCGCGUGGGCCUGGCCCCGGAUGACAGCCUGCUGGUACCCGCCGGAACCUCGUACACGUGGGAGCGAGCGCAAGGCUCUGUGGCCUUGUCUGUGACGCAGGACCCUGCCCGGAAGAGGCCUCUGGGGUGACCCUCGUGUGUGUGCCGGCCGGGCCGCAAGCAGUCACAGGGUGCCUGAGAGCUGGGCUUGCAGCUGCCUUUCCUGAUCAGCCUUUUAGCCGCGCUCAUCUUCACGGACACCAGCAAGCGCCACCACCCGCCACCCCCUGCUUGGCUGUGGCUUUUCACCGUGGUCUGCCCUCCUGCCAUCCUCAGCUCAGGAUGCCAGACUCCUAGGGUGCCAGAGGCUCCCCUCCUUUCUAACAGCCUAGCCCCACACUGUCCAGCUAGAUGCGUAUCAUCCCCCAUGGGCCCACCAGCUUGCCACUAAGAAAUCUCUCAAUAAAGGCACCCCGAUGAAGGGGCGCUGUGGGUUGUA